AUGUGCAGUCCUCAGGGGUGGCUUCCACACCUGCUAACGCCCUCCCUCCCUCCAUCCGCCCUGCAGAAAGACUCGACGGUCAAGUUCCACGUGCUGCUGACGUCGUAUGAGCUCAUCACCAUCGACCAGGCCAUCCUGGGCUCCAUAGACUGGGCCUGCCUGGUGGUGGACGAGGCUCACAGGCUCAAGAACAACCAGUCCAAGUUCUUCCGUGUGCUGAAUAACUACCCCCUGCAGCACAAGCUGCUGUUGACCGGCACUCCUCUGCAGAACAAUCUAGAAGAGCUCUUCCACCUUCUCAACUUUCUCACCCCGGAGAGAUUCAAUAACCUGGAGGGCUUCCUGGAGGAGUUUGCGGACAUCGCCAAGGAGGACCAGAUCAAGAAACUCCAUGAGAUGCUGGGGCCUCACAUGCUGAGGAGGCUGAAGGCGGACGUCUUCAAGCACAUGCCCUCCAAGACGGAGCUCAUCGUCCGCGUGGAGCUCAGCCCCAUGCAGAAGAAGUACUACAAGUUCAUUCUGACGCGCAACUUCGAGGCCCUAAACACCCGCGGAGGAGGGAACCAAGUCUCUCUGCUCAACGUGGUGAUGGACCUCAAGAAAUGCUGCAACCACCCCUACCUCUUCCCCGGAGCUGCGAUGGAGGCGCCAAAGAUUCCGAACGGAAUGUAUGAGGGCAGCGCUCUCACAAAGGCCUCUGGGAAACUGACGCUGCUGCAGAAGAUGAUGAAGAAACUGAAGGAAGGAGGCCACAGGGUGCUCGUGUUCUCUCAGAUGACAAAGAUGCUGGAUCUGUUGGAGGAUUUCCUGGAGAACGAGGGUUACAAGUACGAGAGGAUCGAUGGAGGGGUGACCGGGGGGAUGAGGCAGGAAGCUAUCGACCGCUUUAACGCUCCUGGUGCUCCUCAGUUUGCCUUCCUCCUCUCCACCAGAGCGGGGGGUUUGGGCAUCAACCUGGCAACCGCCGACACCGUCGUCAUCUAUGACUCAGAUUGGAACCCUCACAACGACAUCCAGGCGUUCAGCAGAGCCCAUCGUAUUGGCCAGAACAAGAAGGUGAUGAUCUACCGCUUCGUCACCAAGGCGUCGGUGGAGGAGCGCAUCACCCAGGUGGCCAAGAAGAAGAUGAUGCUGACCCACCUGGUGGUGAGGCCCGGCCUGGGCUCCAAGACCGGAUCCAUGUCCAAACAGGAGCUGGACGACAUCCUCAAGUUCGGCACCGAGGAGCUCUUCAAGGACGAGCUGGGGGAAGGUGACAACAAGGAGGAUGACAGCAGCGUGAUCCACUAUGACGACAAGGCCAUCGACCGCCUGCUGGACCGGGAUCAGAGCGCCACAGAGGACACGGAGAUCCAGAGCAUGAACGAGUACCUCAGCUCCUUCAAGGUGGCCCAGUACGUGGUCAAAGACGAGGAGGAAGAGGAGGAGGAGGUGCAGCGCGAGGUGAUCAAGCAGGAGGAGAGCGUGGACCCAGACUACUGGGAGAAGCUUCUGCGGCACCACUACGAGCAGCAGCAGGAAGACCUGGCCCGCAACCUGGGCAAGGGCAAGCGGACACGCAAGCCCGUCAACUACAACGAUGGCUCCCAGGAGGACCGAGAUUGGCAAGAGGAUCAGUCCGACAACCAAUCAGACUACUCAGUGGCUUCGGAGGAGGGAGAUGAGGACUUUGAUGAACGUUCCGAAGCUAACGCCCGCAGACCCAACCGUAAGGGUCUCAGGAACGACAGGGACAAGCCACUGCCCCCCCUGCUGGCCAGAGUGGGCGGCAACAUCGAGGUGCUGGGUUUCAACGCGCGCCAGAGGAAGGCCUUCCUGAACGCAGUGAUGCGUUAUGGGAUGCCCCCGCAGGAUGCCUUCACCACCCAGUGGCUCGUCAGAGACCUGCGAGGGAAGUCUGAGAAAGAGUUCAAGGCCUACGUCUCUCUCUUCAUGCGGCACCUCUGCGAGCCCGGGGCCGACGGAGCGGAGACCUUUGCCGACGGCGUUCCCCGCGAAGGGUUGUCGCGGCAACAUGUGCUCACGCGCAUCGGCGUGAUGUCGCUGAUCAGGAAGAAGGUGCAGGAGUUUGAGCAUGUGAACGGCCAGUGGUCCAUGCCCUGGAUGAUGGAGCUGGAGGAGACCAAGAGGGCAGCGGCGCUGGCUGCAGGAGAAGACCCCAAGACCCCCUCUACUGGGACCCCCGCAGACACACAGCCCAACACCCCCGCCCCAGAGGAGCUCAGCAAGGCUGAGGACCUCAAGGAUGCAGAGGUGAGGAAGGAAGCAGAGGGAGACAAGGAGGCCAGAGGAAACAAGUCAGAUGAUCCAGAGAUUAUCGAAAUCCCGGACGAGUCGGAAAAGUCUCCGUCGCCGGAGAAGAAGGAGAGCGCCGGAGACUCCCCUGCAGUGAAGGAGGAGCCGGAGAAGAAGGAGAGCGCCGGAGACUCCCCUGCAGUGAAGGAGGAGCCGGAGAAGAAGGAGAGCGCCGGAGACUCCCCUGCAGUGAAGGAGGAGCCGGAGAAGAAGGCCGGCGUGGGCGAGGCCCACAGAGAGAACCCUUCAGAGGCAGCGGAGGACAAGGGUGAAGGCUCAGAGGGUACGGCGGGGUCGGAGGGCAAAGUGGAAGAGAGCAAAGAGGAAAAGAUGGACACCAGUCCCCCUGCUGAACAAAAGAAAGAACAAAAGGAGGAGAAGGACGGGGUGAAGACGGAGGAGUCCAGCAAGCUAGCGAACGGAGAGAACGCCAGAGAGGGCGGAGCCACCGUCAACAUCAGUGAGGAGAAGAAGAAAGCGACCAAGCAGAGGUUCAUGUUCAACAUCGCAGACGGAGGUUUCACAGAACUUCACUCUCUGUGGCAGAACGAGGAGAGGGCGGCCACAGUCACCAAAAAGACCUUUGAGAUCUGGCACCGUCGUCAUGACUACUGGCUGCUGGCUGGCAUCAUACAACAUGGGUACGCACGCUGGCAGGAUGUGCAGAACGACGUGAAGUACGCCAUCCUCAACGAGCCCUUCAAAGGGGAGAUGAGCCGGGGGAACUUCCUGGAGAUCAAGAACAAGUUCCUGGCCCGCAGGUUCAAGCUCCUGGAGCAGGCCCUGGUGAUAGAGGAGCAGCUGCGCCGGGCAGCCUACCUCAACAUGUCCGAGGACCCCGCCCACCCCUCCAUGGCCCUCAACACGCGCUUCAGCGAGGUGGAGUGCCUGGCCGAGUCCCACCAGCACCUCAGCAAAGAGUCCAUGUCCGGCAACAAGCCCGCCAAUGCCGUGCUGCACAAGGUGCUCAAACAGCUCGAAGAGCUCCUUAGCGACAUGAAGGCUGACGUCACACGCCUCCCGGCAACCAUCGCCAGGAUACCUCCCGUUGCCGUGCGGCUGCAGAUGUCCGAGAGGAACAUCCUCAGCCGAUUGGCCAGCCGCGGCCCGGAGGUCACAGGCCAGAGCCAAUCACAGGCCGCACAGCAGAUGCAGGUGCCACGCUGACCCGGUCCAGCCCCGUCCGAUGUUACUCAGAUGUACCUACUCCCCGUUUCAUCCCAUGUAGCACUAGUUGUGCCCCCAGACCCUUACCUUGUACAGCACCGUACGAUAUGUCUACCUCUGUAGCCCCGCCCACCCCUAUUAAAGCCCAGCCCAGUCACCUACACCCCCCCUCCCCCUAGGCUCAACAGAUCCCCCUCCGUACUGGCUCCUCAUCACUGGAAAGACACUCUGGACUCAGAGACACGGUCCUCUGUCCCUCCUGUGGAAACAGCAGGUCCUCCCCCUGUGUGGCUGGCCUGUUCUGUCUCUAUCGCAGGGUCAGGUGUGUGUGUGCGCGCGCUAAAACUAGAAUAGAAACAGGAAUAAUUCUUUUGAGUAUGGGUCGUGGAGCGUUUUGCUGAAAUGUAGACAUUGCUGGGGUCAUGUGUAAUCAUGUGGAGGUUAAAACCAUGGAUGUUCAAUCCCAUUUCCUUUGUAUGUCCGGAUCUGUGCAACAAGAGUGUGUGUGUGUGUGUACGCGGGCGUGCGUGUGCGUGUGUUUGUGUGUACGCGUGCGGGCGUGCGUGUUUGCGUGUGUGUGUGUGCUUGGAUGGGUGGCAGGGUAUUCUAAUGUGCAUCUCUACUGUAGACAGAUCCAGACCCUCAGUGUGUUUAUGUUUUACCAGAGAGACUGUUAUUAACUAUGAAGUUCUGAUUAUGUUGUAGAAUAAUAACACUGUUUGGUCCUUCAGUGCUCUACCCUGACACCCCCACCCCCACCCCACCCCCCUUCCUCACCAGAGAACCCAUGUGACUUAACACUAUCCGAUGAUUGGUUAUCCCCUCCCACUCUGGUCACGUACCAUCUUGCACCUCUACAUUCCUGAUUGGUUUCUAGGUGACUUGUUCCUGAGGCGUUUCCCUUUUGGUUUGGUUUUGCUCAGAUAAGAACAUGCAAUAGCUCCACAUGUUCAGAGACAUGGGAUGUCUUUGAGACUGACAACCUAAGUUAAUUUCUUACAGUCUAACGUUUUUGUUGUUUUAAAAGUUGAACUAUUUUAUGGUUACCACCUUGUUGUUUUUAUCGUUACAGUUUCUUUAUGAGAACUACAAUAAAAAAAAAGGGGAACAGUUUGUGUA